UCUCCGCACGUACCUAUCCUUUAAAUUAAAUGAGUUUUACUUGAUUUGAUACGUUCGAAAGGAUAACAUUUAAUAAUUAUUACAAAAGUAGUGAUGCAGUGCAUUGUUUCUAUGAGAAGCUAACGACCACAAGUGCAUUAUGUCGCAAAAGGAAGAUAUCAAAGUAGAACUGGAACGUUCGUUAGACAGUAACAAUGAUGGCCCAAUCAACGAGAAACAUCGUUUGAAACGCCUUCGGAAACUUAAAAUCCUUCUGGAGAAAGUGAACGCCUUCGAAUCGCUGAAGCACAACUACCUAGGGAAGUUCGUUCGGGAAGUCGAAGUCAAGCAAGAAUCACCACCGGAAACAAAAAUCGUUCGAAAAUCCCGCAAAAGCCCCGCAAGUGUCACCCAAUGCAUCUGCGAAAUGUGUGGACUAACGUUCAGCAGUAUGAAAAACAUGCUGAGGCACAUGGACGGAUACCACACCAUACCGGGAACGGUUCUGAGGCGUGCCGGUAAGACUGUUUUCAGAUGUAAAUUUUGCGAAUUGGAGUUUCCGGCCAGGAGUCAAUUGUUUCGCCAUUGUCACCAGAAGCAUAAUGUCAGGAUUGGAAACGACAAGAAGCAAUCGAAGCAAAGAAAGGAGGAAUGUGCGAAAGAUUCAACGACACAGGAAAAGAUUUGCACUCAAUGCAAUGUAAAGGCGGAUACUUUGGAGGGGUUCGUUGCUCAUUUGGAGAAGAGUCACGCCGAAACUUUCUGUGAUAUUUGCUACAAAGUAUUUCAAGAUCCGAGCUUUCUGCUGCUCCACCGCAGGGUGCACUUUGCUGGUAAUCCGUUUGCGUGUGAUCUCUGUCCGAAGGUGUUCAAGAGUUUGCAGCACGUCGGAGAACAUCGGCGAGGUCAUACGGGUGAUAAACCGUACAAGUGCUCCCAGUGCCCGAUGGGUUUCGUUCGGAUUGGUGAUCUCAAUAAGCACAAGAAGCUGCGCCAUACGGCGGCACCUUCCUACUUGUGUUCGCAGUGUCCGGAGAGGUUCCACAGUUCGUCGUUGUUCCAUCGGCAUAAGCAAAAGCACCAACGGGCAACGGAAAUGGGAGUUCAGGAUGCGAGGUUGACGGUGUUUGCCUGUGAGCUGUGCGACGAGUUGUUCGAGAAUGGGAACGACAGGAAAGAACACGUACUGGUCAGCCAUGCCGAGGGGAGGCCUUUCGAGUGUGAGGAUUGCGGGAAGCGAUUCAAGCUGGCGAACCAUCUGAAGGCACACCUGCUGACACAUUCCGGUGUGAAGACACAAAAGUGUGACCAAUGCUCGGCGGCUUUCUAUCUGGCGGGGGAUUUGCGGAGACACCAGAAAACGCACCGGAAAGGGGAGGAGAGCUAAGGACUGAUUAAAGGGUGGAUUUUCGGAAAA